UUAACACAGUGACAAGUAGUCACUGACAACAAAGAAAGAGGAGACAAAAGUCGCUACCUUUAACGCUUUCGCAUUGUCCAAGUGCUUCUCUGUUCUCUCUCUCUCUCUGCCCGCACCACACACUUUACUCUCCUCCAACACUAGAUCUCAUCUCCCAUUUCAAACCCUAGAAAAACCAAUCAAAUUCAAUUAACCACAGCUUGCUCCACCAAUGGCGAGCUUCGUUCUCCCCAAGUCACUCCUCCUUCUACUCCUCUUACCUUUACUCUCACUCUUCUCCGCAAUAUCUGAAGCUAAACCAUCAUUUGCCUUCGGUAAAAAUGGAAGCUUUGAGUCCGAAGACAUCGCUCUGUACGGCGAAGCAAACCUCCUCGACGGCGGAUCUUCGAUUUCGAUCCAGCUGAAUGACUCAGUGAGGCAUAACAGUGGGCGAGUCGUCUACAAGAAGCCCAUCGAGUUUGUCGAGACUAAGUCCGAGUAUCCCGCCGGAUUCUCUACUCUCAUCUCUUUCUCCGUCAACGGUGGCGGGAGACUCGGGUUCGUCGUGUUUCCUGUUAACGGGACGUUUGAUCAGUCUCUGUUCGAAGUAAAGUUCGGUGCUUUUGAAAGGAAUGUGACUGUGAGUGUAGAUGGCUCUACGGUUCCCGAGGAGAUUCGCAGUUUCUCGAUAGCUAACUUGGAGGAAGAGGAUGAUAAGGAGAAGAAGGUGUCGUUGUUGUACGCUUGGGUUAAUUACAUUGCAGGUGGGAAGUUUUUGGAAGUCCGGUUAAGCAAAUCCGAGAGCUUCGAACAUGUUGAUCCUUUGAUGUUCACUAGGAUCGACUUGUCGGGAAUGUUGAAAGGUGACUAUGAGUUCAUGGUUGGUGUGAAGGCGUACGGUGGGAACGUGAAUCUCCACUCUUGGAGCUUAGAAGCGAGGAGUGUCCCUAAAGGUGUGCACUCUUAUGGGGCGGUUAUGGUGGAGAAGCUUAUAGAGGAAGAGGAGGCGGCGAAGAGGAGGAGGAUGAGAAGAGCGAGGGCGUGGGAGAUUGUGACUUGCUUUGUGAUGACCUCUGGGUCUACCGGGCUUGUGUUCUUCGCCAUGAUGCAUAUUUGGGCAGCUUUCAAAAGGAACAAUCUUGUGAUGACAAAGGAGUUUGAGUAUGAGAAGAUGGAGAAAAUGGAAGCUGUGAUGAGUAAAGCUGAUAGCGCAAAAUGAAAACAAGUGAAGUAAUCAAGUGUUGUGAUAUCUCUAUGUUUCUCUUGUUUGUUUAGGAUAUGAUCUUUUAUGUAAUCAAGUAGAUUCUUCACUGGCUAAUAUAGCCCCUUGUUUUUCAUUUCAUGUGUGAACUUGCAAUAUUAUUUCUCUAUGGGAUGUUCAGUUUGUUUCA